GAGCAAACAGCCAAUCGAGUGAUAUGUUGAUGACCUCCAUCGUCAAGAACCAUGGCGUUACGGGAGCUAGCAUCGCUCGAGAAAUAUUUAGGACUGAAAAAAGCGAACAAAUAUAGUACGCGAGGGGACAAAAAGGUGCCUGUGCUGCAAAAUAGCAAUGGUCCUCCCCUGGUGGGCCUGAUAAGCAUCGCCUGCCACCUGGUGAAUGAAGCCAAACGUCCUGACCUGCUGGGAGAUGCCGCAGAAGACAGAGCCGUGGUGCAUCAGUGGCUGGAGUACAGAGUGAGCAAGCUGGACGGCUGUAACAAGGAUGAAAGUAGAAUUAUACUCAAGGACCUCAACCUCUACUUGCAAGACAAAGUUUGCAUGGCCGGCAACCACUUCACUUUAGCAGAUGUGCUCAUGUACAAUGGACUUCACCCGCUAAUAAUGGACUUGACUUUUCAGGAAAAGGAGCGCUACGUGAACGUGACCCGAUGGUUCGACCACAUCCAACACGGCAGCGGCGUCCGACAUCACCUCCCUCCGGUAGUUGUGCUCAGGAACGGAAUUUACACCGCAAAACACCAUUGAAGCCUGGCCAGUCGACGUAUCGAAAAUCUUAUUUCCACAAUUGUCAUCAGUAUCAGGAUUCCACAAUCUUCUUGCCACAAUAGACCAUCUUUUGUUUGAACUGGACCGAGACGACUGUUUUUAAAAAGGCACUCGACCCCCCGAACCCCACCACCACCACCACCACUUGUCUUGUUGCAUCAUUGACUUUUGACGUCCUUUCACAGCCUGCAAGAUGGCUUAACCUUGGAUCCAUAAACAGUCAAGCAGUUGUUUCAUGUUAUUUGUUGCAGGUUUGGUGUUGUGUUUUGUUUUUAAAGGGAAACUAUUCUAAUUGCUUCGAACUUAAUACAAAGGUGUUCUCAGUGACAA